GCCGAACUGGGGUAAAAAAAUAUUUUUGACGCUCAGGAAAACACAGCACCUCGAACUUCAAACGAUGAGAUCUCAACCAAAUAUCAUUGUCACUGGAACUCCAGGAGUAGGUAAGACUACUCACUGCGAGAGUCUUGCAGAAAGUACUGGCUUAAAGCAUCUCUCCAUAAACAAUGUCGUGAAGGAGCGGGGUUGUCACGAUGGCUACGACGAUGAGUUCAAGAGCUGGAUUGUAGACGAAGACAAGCUACUAGACGCGAUAGAAGAUGAGGUGAAGCAGGGAGGUUAUAUUAUCGAUUGGCACGCAUGCGACCUGUUUCCGAAAAGCUGGAUCGACUUGGUGGUUGUGCUGCGCGUGGACUCAACCCUCUUAUACGAUCGAUUGAAAGCAAGAGAGUACCCAGAAGCCAAACUACAGGAGAAUUUAGACUCGGAGAUCAUGGAAGUUCUAUUGCAAGAGGCGAGGGAUUCAUACGAUGAGGAGAUAGUCGUCGAGCUCACGAGCAAUACGUCCGAUGAGAUGGAGAGCAAUGUUGAGCGUAUUGAAGGGUGGAUCAAGCAGUGGAAAAAGGACAAUGCUGCAAAAGCUCAAUAAACCGCGGUCUACGUCUAUGGAAUACAUUCUCUGUCACUCUAGGAGUCUUGAAGCCAUUUCUUCAGCUUCUCUAGUGCUCGGAAUCGAUGGGAGAUCUUGUUCUUCUCGACUUUAUCCAUUUCCGCAUACGUCUGACCCUCAUACUCGAAGAUUGGAUCCCACCCUACAACAGUGAGCAAUUGAAGGAAGGAAGGCUAUAACUGAUAGCUUACCGAAAUUGGUAGGACCUCGUGCUGGUACUAUCUUGCCCUAUGAAUUGUGAGCAGCAACAUAGUUUGUGUCGGGAUGGGAACCUACGUCCGUCCGACCUUGGAAGAUAAUGGGCUCAUGGCCAGGACCUUCACAAUAGGCAAACGUGCACACAGCUUGAGCAGACUUGUCAGAAUAUGCGGCAAGAAGAUUAUU